AUGUUCUCUUUUAGGAAUCUAAGAACAGGAACUUACGGAUUUGAAAAGGAGAUUGACUUUGAAAAGUUUCUUAUUAUUAUGUCCUAUUUCCGACCACUGGCUGAGAAUGCUGAUGAAGAAGCCAUUAAUUCAUGCCGUAAGAACAAAUUGCAAUUUCUUUUCAACAUGUAUGACACGGAUAAUGAUAGCAUGAUCACUCUGGAUGAAUACAGAAAUGUGGUAGAAGAAUUACUAUCAGGAAAUCCUCAUAUUGAGAAGGAGACAGCAAGAUCUAUAGCAGAUGGAGCAAUGAUGGAAGCAGCUAGUAUGUGUGUUGGACAAAUGGCACCUGAUCAGAUAUAUGAAGGAAUAACUUUUGAUGACUUUCUAACGAUUUGGCAGGGCAUUGACAUUGAAACGAAAAUGCACGUCAGAUUCCUGAAUAUGGACACUAUUCCAUCCUGCCAUUGA